CAUCAGACACUAGGCAACGGGCGGAGAAGGGGGGUGGUUUCGCGCUGUGUUGUCUCACACCGGCCAGCGGCAAGAUCCAGAGGUCGCCUCCACUGCAAGUUAGACGGAGGGGAAGGCAGUAAGUGGCCGCCGCUGCCGAGCAACACUCGGCCAGCCCUUGCGAGAUGAGGAAUCUGCUAAUGACUUAAAUAAAAGGAAGCAUGGCUCAGUUUCCAACAGCUUUUGCGGGAGGCCUGGAUAUCUGUGCCAUUACAGUGGAAGAAAGAGCUAAGCAUGACCAGCAGUUUCUUAGCAUUAACCCAGUUGGUGGAGUGAUUACUGGUGAUCAGGCCCGAAAUUUCUUUCUUCAGUCGGGAUUGCCUCCACCUGUUCUUGCACAGAUAUGGGCUCUGGCUGACAUGAAUAAUGAUGGAAAGAUGGAUCAGGUGGAGUUUUCUAUAGCCAUGAAACUGAUCAAGCUAAAAUUACAAGGUCAUCAGCUUCCCACAUCACUGCCUCCUAUCAUGAAACAAGUACCAGUGGCUGUUCCAACACCAGGAUUUGGUAUAGCCAAUGUUUCAGCCUUGUCCUCCAUGGGCACAGUAGCACCUUUGUCAAUGGCACCAAUGCCAGUGGUAGGGAUGUCCCCCCCACUGGUAUCUUCUGUUCCUGCAGUUGGAGUUCCUGCACUAGCCAAUGGGGCACCUUCUAUGGUGCAGCCUCUGGCUGCCUUUGCUCAUCCGGGAGCCACAUUGCCAAAGAGUUCUUCCUUCAGUCGCUCAGUAUCAGCCAGUCAAGCAAAUGGAACAAAACUACAAAAGGCACAGUCAUUCGAUAUGGGAAAUAUAAAUUUGCCGUCCACAGCUGCUGCUGUAGAAUGGGCUGUUCCACAAUCAUCCAGAUUGAAAUACAGGCAGCUCUUCAACAGCCAUGAUAAAACAAUGAGUGGGCACUUAACAGGUCCACAAGCAAGAACCAUUUUGAUGCAAUCCAGUUUACCACAGGCUCAGUUAGCAUCUAUAUGGAACCUUUCUGAUAUAGAUCAAGAUGGAAAACUUACAGCAGAAGAAUUCAUUCUUGCUAUGCACUUAAUUGAUAUGGCCAUGUCUGGGCAACCGUUGCCUCCUGUCCUGACUCGAGAAUUGAUCCCACCUACGUUCAGAAGAGCCAGAUCUGGUAGUGGAAAAUCUACUGGAAGCUCAUUGUGUAUUGAUCAAAGGGUACCUGAAGAACCACAAGAGGAGGAAUCUGAAAAGAAGUUGCCUGUGACAUUUGAGGACAAGAAACGUGAGAAUUUUGAACGCGGGAACCUUGAACUUGAAAAACGACGUCAGAUUCUUCUGGAGCAACAGCGAAAAGAACAGGAGCGAUUUGCCCAGUUGGAACGAGCAGAGCAAGAACGGAAGGAGCGGGAGCGUCAAGAGCAAGAAAGGAAAAGACAGAUGGAGUUAGAAAAGCAGCUGGAGAAACAACGGGAGUUUGAACGACAAAGGGAAGACGAGAGAAGAAAGGAAAUAGAAAGACGAGAGGCAGCAAAGCGUGAACUAGAAAGGCAGCGCCAACUGGAAUGGGAGCGGAAUCGUCGACAGGAACUCUUGAACCAACGAAACAAAGAACAAGAAGAUAUUGUUGCUUUGAAAGCAAGGAAAAAGACCUUAGAAUUUGAACUUGAAGCCCUUAAUGAUAAGAAGAAUCAGUUGGAAGGCAAGCUUCAAGACAUCCGGUUUCGUGUCUCUACUCAGCGGCAUGAAAUUGAGCAUACAAAUCAGACAAGGGAAUUGCGAAUUUCAGAAAUUACACAUCUACAGCAGCAAUUGCAGGAAUUUCAACAGAUGCUCAGCCUACUGAUUCCAGAGAAACAAGCUCUCAAUGAUAAAUUGAAGCAGGUCCAACAGAACAACCUACAUAGAGACACUAUUCUUACUGUCAAAAAGUCUUUAGAAAACAAAGAGUUGACAAGACAACGCCUUCGUGAUCAACUUGAUGAAGUUGAGAAGGAAACCAGGGCAAAACUUCAGGAGAUAGAUGUCUUCAAUAAUCAGUUGAAGGAACUAAGGGAAAUGCAUAACAAGCAGCAAUUGCAGCGACAGAAAGAAGCUGAAAUGGAAAUGCAAAAGCAGAAGGAGCAAGACCGGAGGACUCAAGAACUAGAAAGACAACACGAGAAAGAAGCUGCUCAGAGAUCUGCACAAGAACGUGACAAACUUUGGCAGGAACAAGUGCAAAAGGAUGAAGAAGAACGACUAAGAAACCUCCAACAAGAGGAAAAUCGAAGGCGGGAGGAAUCGCUUCAAAAGCGAGAGCCAGAGGAAAAAAUCAAGCAGGAUGUAUUAAACAAAAUGUUUCAACAGCAUGUGGAGCCAUCAAAGAAACAGCCUCAGAGUGGAUGGCAGACACCAGAAAAGCCUACUUCUGUAAAUACUGAUCAAGAUGGUGUUAAAGUUGUAUAUUAUAAAGCAUUGUAUCCAUUUGAAGCUAGGAGCCAUGAUGAGCUUACCAUUCACCCUGGGAAUGUCAUAAUGGUGGAUGAAAGUCAGACUGGAGAACCUGGAUGGCUUGGAGGUGAAUUGAAAGGAAAAACUGGGUGGUUUCCUGCUAAUUAUGCAGAGAAGAUACUGGAGAGUGAAUUGCCACCCAAUUUACAACAAGGAACACGACUUACUGCAAAGAUUGCUCCUCACACUGUGGUUGCUGGUGUUGCACAACCAAUGACUGAGACUGCCACAUCCUCCAACUGGGCAGAUUUUAGCUCCACAUGGCCCACAACAGGCACCGAGAAACCAGAGAAUGACAGUUGGGAUGCUUGGGCAAUGCAGCCUUCACUCACUGUUCCUAGUGCGGGUCAACCACGUCAGAGAUCGGCAUUCACCCCUGCGACUGUGUCUGGAUCCUCUCCAUCACCUGUGUUAGGCCAGGGGGAGAAGGUUGAAGGGCUACAAGCUCAAGCUUUAUAUCCUUGGCGGGCAAAGAAGGACAAUCACCUCAACUUCAAUAAAAAUGACAUCAUCACUGUUCUCGAACAACAAGAUAUGUGGUGGUUUGGAGAAGUUCAUGGACAAAAGGGCUGGUUCCCCAAAUCCUAUGUGAAGCUCAUUUCAGGACCUGUAAGGAAAUCUGUCAGUGUGGAUUCUGCUUCAGAAAGCCCACCCAGCCUGAAGAGAAUGACCACCCCACCAUCAAAAGUGACUGCUUCACAGGGAGAUGCACAGUGCAGGGAGGAGGCUCCUCCGCCUCGACCUCCCUCUCUCCCAAAGAAAGAUUCCAACCUGAGGGUGCCUUGUGCUUCAGAGACUCUCUCUGCUGCUUCCGGUGGAGAAGAAUUUGUUGCCAUGUACACAUAUGAAAGUAAUGAACCCGGAGAUUUAACUUAUCAGCAAGGCGAUGUCAUUCUUGUGACGAAGAAAGAUGGUGAUUGGUGGACAGGAGUGGUAGGGGAAAAAGUGGGUGUUUUCCCAUCCAACUACGUCAGACCAAAGGAUUCUGAGGGACCUGGACAAAUGGGAAAAGGUGGAAGCCUUGGAAGGAAACCAGAAAUUGCGCAGGUAAUAGCUCCUUACACAGCAACAGGAGCUGAACAACUUACACUAGCACCUGGUCAGCUAAUUCUAAUCCGCAAGAGGAAUGCUGGCGGAUGGUGGGAAGGAGAGCUCCAGGCUCGAGGUAAAAAGCGGCAAAUAGGAUGGUUCCCUGCCAAUUAUGUGAAGCUUCUGAGUCCUGGAACAAGUAAAAGUACUCCAUCUGAAGCUGCAAAACCCCCUGUAACACCAAAUGUUUUGUUCCAAGUGAUUGGAAUGUAUGACUACAUUGCACAGAACGAUGAUGAACUUGCGUUUACCAAAGGACAGAUCAUUGGUGUUCUUAACAAGGAUGAUCCCGAUUGGUGGAAAGGGGAGCUCAACGGUGUUAUGGGUCUCUUCCCAUCUAACUACGUGAAGCUAACAACAGAUAUGGACCCAAGCCAGCAAUGGUGUGCUGACUUGCAUUUAUUGGACAUGCUGACACCAUCAGAACGGAAGCGUCAGGGUUAUAUCCACGAGCUCAUUGUGACAGAGGAAAACUACGUGAGUGAUCUGCAGCUUGUCACUGAGGUCUUUCAAAAACCAUUACUCGAGUCUGAAUGUUUAACGGAGAAAGAGGUGACCAUGAUUUUUGUGAACUGGAAGGAGCUCAUCAUGUGCAAUAUCAAAUUGUUGAAGGCACUGCGUGUAAGGAAGAAGAUGUCAGGGGAGAGGAUGCCAGUGAAAAUGAUCGGAGACAUUUUAACUGCACAGUUGCCUCACAUGCAGCCCUACAUCCGAUUCUGCAGUUGUCAGCUUAAUGGUGCUGCACUCAUCCAGCAGAAGACGGAUGAAAUUAUAGAAUUUAAGGAAUUUGUCAAAAGAUUAGCAAUGGACCCACAAUGUAAAGGAAUGCCACUAUCAAGCUUCUUACUAAAGCCUAUGCAAAGAGUAACACGCUACCCCUUAAUAAUAAAAAAUAUUCUGGAAAACACCCCUGAAAAUCAUCCUGAUUUCAGCCACUUGAAGCAGGCCCUUGAAAAGGCUGAAGAGUUGUGUUCCCAGGUGAAUGAGGGUGUUCGAGAAAAGGAAAACUCAGACAGGCUGGAAUGGAUCCAGACACAUGUGCAAUGUGAAGGUUUAUCUGAGCAACUUGUUUUUAAUUCGGUCACAAAUUGCUUGGGUCCUCGGAAAUUCCUGCACAGUGGUAAACUUUACAAAGCCAAGAGUAACAAGGAGCUUUAUGGAUUUCUGUUCAACGACUUUCUGCUACUGACACAGAUCAUUAAACCACUAGGUUCCUCGGGAACUGACAAAGUCUUCAGCCCCAAGUCAAACCUGCAGUACAAAAUGUACAAGACACCUAUCUUUCUGAAUGAAGUGUUGGUGAAGUUACCAACUGACCCUUCUGGUGAUGAGCCAAUUUUCCACAUCUCCCACAUCGACAGGGUGUACACACUUCGUGCUGAAAGCAUCAAUGAAAGAACUGCUUGGGUACAAAAAAUUAAAGCUGCUUCAGAACUGUACAUAGAGACUGAAAAGAAGAAGCGGGAAAAAGCUUACUUGGUUCGUUCCCAAAGGGCUACAGGCAUUGGAAGGCUGAUGGUGAAUAUAGUUGAAGGUAUAGAACUGAAAGCAUGUAGAUCCAAUGGAAAAAGUAAUCCUUACUGUGAAGUGACCAUGGGUUCUCAGUGCCACAUCACCAAAACCAUUCAAGAUACUCUGAAUCCCAAGUGGAAUUCGAAUUGUCAAUUCUUCAUCAAAGACUUAGAACAGGAUGUACUUUGCAUUACUGUAUUUGAACGUGACCAGUUCUCACCAGAUGAUUUUCUGGGCCGCACCGAAAUUCGCAUUGCGGAUAUCAAAAAAGAUCAGGGCUCCAAAGGUCCUGUUACAAAGCGCCUCUUGCUGCAUGAAGUCCCCACUGGUGAGAUAGUGGUCCGGCUAGAUCUCCAACUCUUUGAUGAAACAUAAGGGUAAUAUAUGUAUUUCUGUACAUUGAGAUGCCACUAAUGGUGAACGAAUCGAGUACCUGCGAAAGCUAGGACUGCUGCAAUUUCCAAUGUGCAGAAUGCACGGAGCAUUCUUUGUUUACUGUUUUGUAUUCGACAUAGAAAAACGUGAAAUUAGAGUUUGUAGAUGCCACCUCCAUUUGUCAGUGCAAAGCUUUCAUAUCUUUACAUUCCACUUUCAGUUUUUCAGACUAUGUGACGAUAAGCGACGCAGGGCUUGACUUUCCAAACGUUGAUCAGUGGUUCUGAAUGGAGCUGAUUCGAUUGUAUGGUGAACGUUUUACUGACUUGCACAAAUUUUUAUAGUGGCUUAUUACAGAAGCCAAGCUGCAUUUCAGGUGGCUUCCUUUGGUUGACGGAGUGAAACAUGCAUUCUGGGUGCACUUCAUUAAAUAAAGUUAAUCACUUUCCUCCGUGUGCUUGGUUAUAACAUUUUAGGAGCAGCAUUUUAAAAAUAAGGUGCCAAGAUAGAGAGUCAUAAAUUAUUAUAAAUCACUUUAGAAAAAAUGUUUCCUAACAAAUAUCCAAGUGCAGAUUUGACUACGAUGGAACAUAUAAAGGAGAGUUCUUGAUCUGGUGAUUGUCAUGAGAAUAAUGUAAAAUUGUUUAUUGUGUUAAGAGGUUAAAAUACUUUUGUAAGUCUCUCUCUCUCUCUCUCUCUCUCUCGCAUCAAGCAGAGAGUUUCUUUAGAAACUGAAGGUUUGAACGUCCACCUCUGACCUUUCUAAUGGGCUGUUCAGAGGGCAGGUUUCUCCUCAGACUGUUGAAGCACCAAAGAGAGGUGAGAUACCAGGCUGAAGGGAGAGUGAUCUACCUGUAAUCUUAGCUGAUUUAAUGUACAGCCCGAUUAUACACUGGAAGCUUUCUCAAGUAAGAAUUAUUAGCUUGUUUGUUGCUGCUGAACUGUUUCCAUAUUAUGUAUAUGUUAAUGAACUGUGAAAUUUGGCUAAAGUCCACUUCAAGCUGCCAUUGUUUAUUCGCUGUUGGUAGUCAUUCAAAAACACAAUGAACAACCUGUCAUUUAAACUAAAGCCUUUGAAUGGAUUGACUCAUCAAAGUUUGCAGAAUUAGGGUUUAAGAUCAUUCUUUUAAAUAUUUCACUAAGUUGCCUGAAAAGUUCAGUAUGUUUGAUUUCUUAGUAUCAGUUGUAAUCUGGACACAUCACUUGUGCUCAUAACUAGUGUAAUGAAAUAUGACACUAAUUCUUAGAUUAGGUGUUCAGUAAAUGAUAUAUUAGGUUUUAAAAGCUCUGUUUGAAUGAAUUUAUGAUAUUUCAUGCAAACAUUAAAGCAGAAAAAUACACAUUAACUACAUUUUAGGGUUCAUUUAAACAUCAAAAAUGUAGACUAACUCGUUCUUAUUUCAUAUGCAUGUAUGUAAGGAAGGCUUCAGUUAAUAUUCCAGUUUACUGUUUCUUUUUACAGUACAUUUUGUUACCAGAUUUUUUUAUGUUAAGCAUAUUACUGGCUGAUUAACCCUUUUUUUAAAAAGAGAAUAUUUACAACACUGGAGGGGUCCAUUCUGUGUUGAUUUGAAAACAGGCACUAACAAAAUUAAUUCCUGCUGUAUUUUUAGGGCGAUAAUUUUGUUUUUUGAUUCAAAGCCAUACUUUUUAAAAUAAUAUUAGUGACAGUUCCAAUAUUAGCAAAAUGUACUAAUUGUUUACUAGUAAAUUCUCAUUUGCAAAGACAAACUGUUUCAAGGAACUAAGUACACCUUUCUGGAACCACUCGUUGCAAUUCAGCAACUUCAAAGUUCUUUACUGUUGCUUAAUUGGCUUCAUUUGCAAUCUUGUACCAGUACUAGAUUCUGAUAUUACUGUUCCCAUUACUUGUUUGUGUGACCUUAAUUCACAGUGUAAAAUAUGGUGAUCAGAUUGCACUUUGAAUUUAGAAACAAAAACAGCAUAAGAUGUGGAAAAUGAGCCAUGUCCUUUCUAGAUUAUUAUUAUUAUGAAUAACUAGCGAGCCAAGUCUGAGUUAACUUACUAGUUAACUAUAGAAACUAUCUUAGCAUUAAAGGAUUAAUAAUAUUUUGACUUUUUACACAUUAAAAAAAUAUCACUUGCAUUUACAGCAGAACUAUUCUUUUGCCCUUAUGGUAAGGUACUAGUUUGCACUGAUUUAAUUUUGUGGAACCUGGAUGCUGUUCCCAUUAAUUUAGCUACAUUAUUACUGUAUUAUAUGAUUUCUUCUAUUGAUGAAGGAUUGUGCAAAAGAAUGCACACAUUUCCCAAUGUUUUACACAAGUCAAUUCUUAAAUGAUUUUCUCAGAUUGUUAAGUGGGAAUUUAUAUGCCUCCUACCCAAUCAGUCUGAAUUAUUUCUUUAAUCUACUGUCAAACACUGAUUGGUAAACGUGAAAGCUUCUUGCUGCUCUUCCAUAUUUAUGGUCAAUGUUGGGAUUAUUUUGAAGAAGUCCUUCUUUAAAAUAUUCUGCUCUUAGUCCCAUCUCACAGAUUCCAAUGGGCUUGUUGAAUCUCAUCUGCUGAGAUCAAUAGCAGAUUUGGUCUAAUCAUCUAUGCUGAGGAGGAUCCUGAGAGAGUUAUACAAAAUUAUGAGAAGGAUAGACGUAGGGUAGAUAGAAAGAAAUCUUUUCCCGUGACAGAGGUAUUUAAGGCCACAUAGCCUAGGUUUAAAGUGAGAAGUGACAGGUUUAGAGGGGAACUAAUGAAGAAUUCCUUUCACCCAGAGGGUGACUGUAAUCUGGAAUGGGGUGGAAGCAAGUACUCUUGCAACAUUUAAGAGGCAUCUGGACGAGCACUUAAAUCACCUUGGCUGUGGAUCUAGUGCUGGUAAAUGGGAUUAGUGUGGACGAUGGUCAGCAUGGAUGUGGUAGACUGAAGGGCCUGUUCUCUGCCAUGUGAUUCUAACUUUCUGAAGGGCUCAGUUAAAAUGGAUUAGUUUUUUCUUCUUUUUCAAGCAAACCCCCAAGUGAAGAAUUUCAGGACUAUUUAGGUUCUGCACAUUUUUUUUAAACAGGACAUCCAUGUCUUACUGAGUUCUGUAAACCUAAAAACCUAAAAUGUCUGCUUAUUCAGUUACAAGCCUGUGUCUACAGGAAAGAAAUUGUGAAAUUAGUAGUUACACAUCGGCAGCUUUGAGAUAAAAACAUAUAGGUGCAGCGUACACAUUUGCAAAGGGGAAAGCAAUAUGAUGAAUUGGCCUUAGCUUCUCAAAGAUCAUAGUUAGAAUCCUGUGCCGUGCUUUCAUGCAGAUUAAUUUUGGAAAACUAAUAUAAUACUUGGCAACUUGGUGAGAGCCCUACACUGUGCAACCAAUUCUAAACCUCAAGAGUUCAAGCUUUUGCAGUGUGGCUUGGCUUGGUAACGUGGUUGUUCUAUGCUGCCCUACUUUAUUGCAACAAUUGUGUUCAGUUACUUUUAACUAACAGAAGCUGUUACCAGUGUUGCUUUUAGAAUGUGAACACUGUCCUGCUGGUCAAGUUGUUCAGCUCUUUAUGCACUUUUGUUGUCAAGGUAAUAGUAUUGUUAUAGUUGGAUUUGGAUAAUGAUGUCUGUAACAAAAAUAGAUUAGUUGGAAAUGUAACUGUAGUAUUUAUAUAAAACGCUUAAAAUGUUCACAUCUUAUUGAGGAACAAAUUAUGCAGAAAGACUCUGAGAGUUUUUAAACUGGAAGCUGCACUUUGAGAAUGCAAUUCAAAACUUUCAAACCAGCAUAAAUUCCGUUGUAUAAUUUUUAUUUCUAUGCUACUUGUUGUUAUAACCUGCCUAUUGUUAUAAUUUUUUUAUAAAGAAUUUUCCUUUUAUACUAAUGAAUGUCAUACAGACUUUGUUGGGUAAUUGCAUGUUUUAAAGCCACUGUAUUUUUCAUAAUUGUGAGAACAAGACCAAACACUCUUGGAAAUGGGAGAGUUUGGGCUGUGCCUUCAUGGUUUGUCUUGUUCUUUACCAUUUAACUAGCUAUAUGUCCAAGAAUUUCUCAGCCUAUUUUUAAAAAUAUAAAUUCACAUGUAUAUUCCAAAUGUUAGAAGACAAGAAACAAUAUUUGUAAUCCUUGUUUGAUUGGAACUCUAUUUAUCGUUUUUCCACAAAGCUUGUUGGAUUAAAACAUGCAAUCCCUUUUAUUGUGCAUUUAGAAUCAUUGCAGUAACUUGGUUAUAGGGAUACAGCCACUUUAUAUCAUACUUUACACUGAUAACUUAUUUCAAAGAUGUGCAUCAAUGGGCAGAUGUUUAGUGGUGUACAGCUUAAGUCAACAUCCUGAAGAGGAUAUUUAUUCUCUAUUUCCCCUUGGUGUACCUGGCCAUACAACGCGUGGUGGUCCAAGAGGAAGCAAGGAGCGUAAUCCCAGGUUUCUAUCAUGUUGUUAAUGGCAACCAUCGCAGAUGAAAGAAACUGAUUACUUCAGGGAGGGUUUCCUCUCCAAUAUUUCUCUCCUCAUUGAAAGGCACCUGGCCUGUGUGGGACUUCUUGAAACAGAGCAGUUAAAAUCAACAAUGAGGGCGAGGGAUAGAGAGAGGGUUUGCUCAGACUUGCAUUCGCUCACUACUGUUGCUCUGGUGCUCCAGUUAGAGUUUGCAGUCGAUACUUUAUGUACCAAAAUGUAAUCUUGACGGGUAGGGAUUGUCUUAAAUUACUAGAAAUAUUGCUGCUGUAAGCUUUGUUAGAACAAUUUGUGUGCAAAGAUCUUAAAAUGUAACUUUUAGCAAUUAACAUGAAUACUGCAUCUACAGAGGUUAAGCCAAACCCCUUGCUCUACUAAAUGUGUGCGAUAUGGACAUAAGUCGAAGAAUCAAAUCUUUGCGAGACUCCAGAAUUAUCGUUGUUUAUGUGUGGAUCUCCAAGGCCAAACUAUACAAUAUACAGCCAAAUGUUACUUUUUUUUUGCGUUGUAAAUCACUGUCAUGGUGCACAAUCAUGCCACUACAAUUGAAUACUGUUGUGUGUUCAUGUUCACAUUGUUACUUUGGACAGUUUUCAUAUUAUUCUAUCAACAGAAUUAUAUUUUCUCAGCUUGUGUAUUGUGUAUUUUCACAAAGGAAAAUUAAACUCUACAAGUCAGUGCUUCAUGAGUCUCAUUCAAUGAAAAAGAUAACUCUUGUGGAGAAUAAAAAGUGAAGCAGACAUGGAGAAACCUCACAAUUGAACUAUGUUACAUCAGAUUCCUGUUAACUACUGGUGCUGAACAGCACAAACUAGCAAGAGGAAUGGAAAAGGCAGUUUCCAAACUCCUUGGAUGCUUUGAGGGGCAGCCAGAUACUGGCAAAAGAAAGCUGUGUAUCUUAUAAACAAUCACAAUGGCAUAUUGUAUUGUCUUAAUGUAACUCAUUUACCCCAAAAUAAAG